UUAUCUUCGCUUCCAAGUAGUUUUGAUAUGUAGUUUUUUAAGUCGUACUCGGUUUUUCACAAUAUUUACGUUGAACAAGAAUUGUUUGUUUACUUUAGACACGGAUGCGUACAUGAAAGCGGGCCGUGAAAAUUAAUUGGGAGCGGAAUAGAUCGUGUUUGUACUUGUUUGUCCGGCGAUGGUGAAUGUUUUCGUUAGUUUUUGUGCGUGAAAUAAGGGUGGAAUGAAAGAAACGUGAGAAUUUCAGUAAAUAUGUGACUGUGACUUUUGGUGGAGCGGCUCUUUUUUUUUCAAAUGACGAAUUCCUGGAUAUGCAUCCUAUUUUUAAUCGCUUGUUUACAAAAGUUUACAUAUCAAGGACAUGUUCAAAAUAAUCCAUCAUUGUUAUACUCGACACAAACUGAAAUAAUAAUAGCAAACACCACAAGAACAAAUAAUGGCAAGAUCAAAAGUACAAUUAUUGUCAAGAAUCAAAAUUCCUCGUAUAUAAGUGCCAUAGAUUUUCAUUAUGAAAAGAAAAAAAUAUGUUGGGCUGAUCAUGGACCUGCCAACAUACAGUGUAUUACUUACAAUGGAGUGGAAGCAGAAAAUAAGGUUGAAGUCAUAAAUGAUGUGGUUUCUCCAGAUGGUUUGGCAUGUGAUUGGUACACAAAUAAGUUAUACUGGACAGACAGUUAUUAUAACAGGAUAGAAGUUGCAACAAUGGAUGGGAAGGACAGAAGGGUCUUAUUUUGGACUGAUUUAGAUCAACCUCGUGCCAUAGCUUUGGCCCCAAUGAAGGGACUUAUAUUCUGGACUGAUUGGGGUGAGGCUCCGAAAAUCGAAAAGGCUGGAAUGAACGGCGAUCCUAAAACCAGAAAGGCGAUAGUAACUGAAAAUAUUUUUUGGCCAAAUGGUCUCACAAUUGACUACAGAAACGAGUUGAUUUACUGGGUCGACGCGAAGUUGCUGUUCAUCAAGCAAAUCGAUUUCAACGGUAAACUUUUAUCAACAAUUUUAUCGGGCGAUAAAAUUAAAUAUCCUUUUGCAAUUACUCACAUUGGCAGUAAGUUUUAUUGGACCGAUUGGAAAACAAGAGCGAUCCAUUUCUACGACAACAACACACAAAAAUUGACCAUACUCUUUGAAGAAAACAACAACUUAAUGGACGUGCACGUUUGGGAUGAACGUCGUCAACCUAAAGACACGAAAAAUCCGUGUGCCAUAAACAAUGGAAAUUGCUCACAUCUAUGUUUGUUGUCUCCUAAAGAGCCUGGCUUCAGCUGCAGUUGUGGGAUUGGCAUCAAGCUCAUUAACAGCACCACUUGUGCAGAUGCUCCUCAAGAGUUACUUCUUUUGGCAAGACGUCAAUAUAUUUAUUUGGUCCACUUGGACUCCCCAGAUUACACCCCAAAAAUCCUGCCGUUGACUAACGUUACUUAUUCAAUAGCCGUUGAUUACGACCCGGUCGAUAAUUAUUUGUAUUGGUCAGACGACGAUGUGAAGAAAAUACAACGUGCACGUUUGAAUGGCAGUGACGAACAAGAGGUCGUUACGACCGAGAUCACGCAUCCGGACGGCAUCGCCAUAGAUUACGUCGGCAGGAAUUUAUACUGGACGGACGCUGGAACCGAUAGAAUAGAAGUGGUGCGCUUGAAUUACGGAUAUCGAAGAGUUAUCAUUGUUGACGGACUCGUCGAUCCUAGAGGAAUUGCGGUUGCGCCCGAAUUAGGUUGGCUUUUCUGGUCGGAUUGGAACGAGAAAGAACCCAAGGUGGAACGUGCCAAUUUGGAUGGUUCAGAAAGACGGACCAUCGUAUCAAACGAUUUAGGAUGGCCGAACGGUUUAACACUGGAUCCAGAAAAAUUUAAGAUUUAUUGGUGCGACGCAAAACUCGACAGGAUUGAGUAUGCCAACAUGAACGGAACAGAUCGAAAGGUUUUAAUUAAUGACAACGUUCCUCACGUGUUUGGCUUCAGCCUUUUGGGCGAUUACAUCUAUUGGACUGAUUGGCAACGACGAUCCAUCGAGAGAGCUCACAAGGAAAGCGCAACCGACCGUGAAAUUAUCCUGGAACAGACCGAAAACGUGAUGGGUUUGAAAGCAUUCAGACUAGGAGCCGUGAACGGCACUAAUGCUUGUAAAUAUAACAACGGCAAUUGUUCGCAGUUGUGCCUUUACAGAAAUAAUGGCACGUUGGUCUGCGCCUGCCAAAUCGAUCAUGAAUUGGCUGCCGACAAACGUACCUGCGUAAAACCCGACUCGUUUUUGUUGUACGCAAAAAAAGAUGCUAUCGGCAGAAUAGGGAUUGAAAAUGAAGGAAACGAUGUGCAAAUACCGAUACCCGGCAUCAAACAAGCAAGUGCCAUAGACUUCGACAUAAACACAAUGCGCAUUUAUUGGAGUGACAGCAAGCUGAAGACGAUAAUGAGGGCGUACAUAAACGGUUCAGAGCCGCAACGUGUUAUAGAACAAGGUCUGGCGUCGCCGGAUGGAAUCGCAGUAGAUUGGCUCGGACUCAACAUCUAUUGGACGGAUCCAGUGAAUAAUCGUAUUGAGGUUUCCAGACUGAUGGGUUCUAGUCGCAGAACUUUAUUGUGGAGGGUUUUUGAACCGCACAGCAUCGUUCUGGAUCCUUUAGCAGGAUAUAUGUAUUGGUCGGAAAGGGGACAGUCGAACUGCCUGAAGAGAGCCAGUAUGGAUGGAACAGGACAAAGACAACUAGUGGUGACCGGUGGAAGAGCGACAGGCUUAAGUCUAGACUACGAGGGCAGACGUAUCUAUUGGGCGGACAUAAGCAAACCUGCUAUAGUCAGCUGCGAUUUGGACGGGCAUGAUAAGCGGGAAAUUGUCAACGAACAUUUCUCCCCGCUCAGUCUAACGGUUUAUCGUGAUUACAUUUAUUGGAGCGACAAUAUGACUGGUGAAAUUAAGAGGGCUAACAAGAGAGACGGAAGUGGCAAGGUUAGAAUUCAUAAGCUACACGAAGGGGCAACCGAUUUACUCGUUUACCAUUCGAAGAAGAAACAGUCCAAUCAAUGCACGGUGAGCAACGGAGGAUGCGCACAUUUAUGUCUCGCCCUUCCGGGAGAGACGAACGCAUUCACUUGCGCUUGCCCCACUCACUAUAAAUUGGUCAACAAAACUGAAUGCGUCCCGCCGAUUAGCUUUAUGAUUUACAGCCAAAGAAAUUUGGCCGUCAGAUUAGUUUUGGAUACAGAAGAUUGUCCUGAAGCUGUUUUACCAAUGCAGGGGCUAAAAGGAGUCAAAGCAAUCGACUUUGACCCCAAAGAUAAUUAUCUCUAUUGGAUUGAAGGUAAGACUCAUUCAAUAAAGAGACUGGAAGCAAGUGGGAGCCCCACGAACGAAAUACAGAUAGUCGUCAAUGGCAACAACCCAGAUGUUCAUCCCUAUGACUUGGCUGUGGAUCCAAUUGGACGACUUUUAUUUUGGACCUGCACAGUGGGUAAUUUAAUCAACGUUACCAGAUUAGAUAAUAGCAUCGCUUUCGGACAUCUCGACACUAAAGAGGGCGAGAAACCACGUUUGAUAGCCAUUCAUGUUACCAGGAGGUUUUUGUUUUACACUGAUGAGGGUGAAACACAUCAAUUAGUAAGAGCCAGACUAGAUGGUUCCCAUAAAUUAAGCAUUCAGAGGUCAAAGGACAUUAUUGCCAUUGCCGUAGAUUCUGAAAGCGACAUUAUUGUAUGGGCCCAAGGACCGAAGAUCUACAUGGCCAACAUUGAAGGCGGUAACAAAAUAGAAGUGAAGCAGGCAAAGUUCAAGAUAAAACAACUAACAAUUCACUCAAGCUUCUUAUAUUGGGUGGACGAAACCGAUUUGCAACGUAUGGAAUUGACAACGAGAGAAUCCAAUCCUUUAGACAUCCCUGUAGGUCACAUUACGGGUUUAAUAUCUGUAAAACAACCGCCCAAAAAUCACAGCUGUUUUAUGGCCCAUUCGCUACGAUGCUCACAUUUUUGCAUCUUGGAUGAGAAUCGUCCGGUAUGCGCAUGUCCGAACGGUAAGAAGAUACAAAACGACAAUCACACGUGCGUUGUGCUGCCAAACUGCGGAUCAGAUCGUUUCACUUGUUCGAAUCAGUAUGGCGAUGCUAAAGAGUGCAUUCCGUUGUCCUGGCGAUGCGACAAUCAGGGUGACUGCAAGGACGGGUCGGACGAAUUGGACUGUCCGCCUUGCAAACUCAAUCAGUUCAGAUGUCAAAACGGGCAAUGCAUCGAAAGCAAGCAUGUAUGCGACGGUUAUCAUAAUUGCGAUGACAAGUCUGAUGAAAGGAAUUGCUGUAAAGGGUUCAAAUGUCCAGGAACUGAUGUAUGUUUGGAGGAGUCUUUGGUUUGUAAUGGUAUGGAGAAUUGUGCAGAUGGAGCGGAUGAAAAGCCGGCACAUUGCAAAACCUCUAAGACGAACACUGUGAUUCUUGUUGUUAUGGGGGUGAUAUUUAUUGUGGUUUUCAUUUCUGUCAUUAUGUACUUCCAACGUAGGAAGUUCAGAUCUCACGAGGACAUAACUGAUCAAUCGGAGGAUUCGUUGAGUCCCAUGCAUCCGGGGUCACAAGGGAAGAUGCAAAAGCUCAGAAAAGGGGGAAUUCCGGAUGUAGUGCGCAUGUCCAUGGUGAACGGCAGCCUAUCGUCUACCUACGACAGACGCCACGUGACCGGGGCGUCGAGCAGUUCCAACACGAACGGCUCCAGCGUGGCUUGUUACCCUCGAGAAACCCUGAACCCACCUCCCAGUCCAGCGACAACGGCCGCCUCGACGCGGGGCAGUAGUCCGUCGUCGCGUUACCGCCCCUACAAGCAUUACCGCAGCAUCAACCAGCCGCCACCGCCGACGCCCGCGUCCACGGACGUGUACGACGAGAGCGACUACAAUUAUCCGAUGGCGGCAGUGACACCGUUCCCUCCACCUCCGACGCCCAGGUCUCACUGCAACAACGAGAGUUGCCCACCGUCGCCGAGUUCCAGGUCGUCGACGUAUUUUAGUCCACUGCCACCACCUCCGUCCCCUGUUGCGUCGCCACGCAGUGGAGGCGGGUACGAUUCUUGAAAGAACCACGUGGGGGAUUUGUGAUCUCAUUUUUGGUCAUGCAGGUCGGAUGUUAUUUACCCGAAUUGUGACUUUGAAACGAAAAUUAAUUCAUCUCGACAAGACAUGUGCAAUUUAAGUAAAUUAUCACUGUUAUUACAUUGUUUUAUAUGUUGUAUAGAUGAAAUUAUUUAGUGGCCAAUUUAUUUAUUGUUUUAAAUGUAUAUUUAUUUAGAUGUUUGUUGUUUCAUAACAUUAAUCAAACCUGGCCUUAUGUAUACACAUCAAAAUUCACCUUGUGCCUGCCUAAACUCAAAAGAUUUGUAAAUAAUGAUAUUUUAGGACUUACCUUUAUACUAUUCGCAGACUGUUAACUUUAUACCAAUAAAUAAAAAAAUAUUCUUUUA